AAGUUUCAAAGUUCAGAGGUUCCUGAAUGUUUCAUUUGUUGCAUGGACACGUUUGGGUUUAUAUAAGUCAACCAGGUUUACUGCAGCCACUUUGUUGUUUGCUUUUGCUGGUUAUUCAGCUUUAAAGGUGAUUUCUUUCUCUUAUUUUAGAGACAUAAAAGUGAGGAUCAUCAGACACUGAAAUGUCAUCUACAGUCAAACAAGCAGUUUCAGAGCUCUCUGUUCCUGUUCCAUGGGGAGAGAUCAGAGGUAAAGUCUGGGGUCCUGAUCACGGCCGUCCUGUGCUGUGCCUGCAUGGCUGGGCUGACAACUGUGGUACAUUCAACACUCUCAUUCCCCUGCUGCCUAAAGAGUGCAGAUACGUGGCGGUGGACCUGGCAGGUCACGGUCGGUCGUCACAUCGUCCACCUGGAGUCUUCUACUCGUUCCCUGCAUAUGUGGCGGAUGUACGCAGAGUCGUUGAUGGUGUGUCUGCAGUGGACUAAAUUCUCCAUCAUAGGCCACAGUAUGGGUGGAAAUGUCGCUACACUGUUCAGUGCACUGUUUCCUGAGAUGGUGGAUACUCUCAUACUGCUGGACGCCUAUGGAUUCAUGCCAACAGAUCUGAAAGAAAUAUCUAAAGUGAUGAGGCAGGGGAUGGAUGAGAUGAUUCAGUUUGAAAAAAAGACCGAAGAAAACAAAAGAGUUUACACUUAUGAGAGGGCAGUUGAGAGGCUGUUGGCUGCAAACCCGACUCUGUCUGAACAGUCUGCUCACAUCCUGUUAGAGCGAGGUCUAGUUCAAGUUGAAGGAGGGUUUGUGUUCUCCAGAGACCUGCGAGUUAAUUUUAAAAACAUAGUGCGGAUGACUGUGGAGCAGAGUCUGGAGAUGCAGUCGAUGAUUCAGGCCUCUGUCCUAGUUGUUCUAGCAGACAAAGGCUUUGGUGCACCAUCUUCAGAAUCAAACCGUCAGAAAAUAAUAUCAGCACUUCUUCAAGGAUACCGUGACAGAAAUCACACGGUGCUGACAGUAACAGGCGAUCAUCACAUCCACCUGAAUGAUCCUGAAGUCGUCGCUCCACUUGUGUCUGACUUCCUGUGGACCACAGUGUUGUCACAGCAGCUGCAGGCAUAGUGGACAGACAUGCAAGCGAUAACCAGUACACACACACACACACACAUACACACACAGACACAUUCUUAUUGUGAAUUUUCACACUUUUAUGUGUCAGUACACUGUUCUCACCUCAGCUUAGAGCGCUCAUUACCAUAAUGUUGUGCAAUUUUUUCCCCUCUAGAUAUGUUACUAUUUGAACACUACUAUAAAGUUUCUGCAGUGAUUUGGAAUAAUCAUGUCUUAGUGUGUAAAACCUCCACUGCACAUAUUAUCACUGCAGUGAAAUAGCUGCUCAUUUAAAUGUACACCAACGACUAGACAUUUACAGCACAGAUAUCUUUGUUGUACUGAUUUAAUCGUGUUAAGCUGUUAUAAUUCCACUAUCAUUCUUGUGUAUAUUUAAGUUUUAAUGCCCCCCCCCCCCCCCAAAAAAAAAAAAAAAAAAUUCAUGUGAUAUGUUUUUUUUUUUUUUUUCCUAGACUUAGCUCAUAUUUUCUAAUGUUGCAUCAGUCAGGCUCAGAGUGCCUGUCUCUAUCUUGAUAAAGAUUGGACAGAAAACAUCAGGGACAGCACUGGGAAUAUGUCAUUAUUAAUGGAAAUACUGAUAUUAAUCAAAAUCAACAAAUUAUAAUAUUGUUAUAUUAAUUAUAAAUUCAAUUACCAUUGAUAUGAGAUAACACGUGAAAAGACAAGAGUUUAUUGUGCUGUUUCCGAGUAAGUCUGAUAAUGUGUUGUAUUUUAUAAAUAUAUUACAGCAAACAACAGCCAAAGAUAACCAGGGCUGAUGAAGACUGAAUAAAAUCCUGCACUGUUCAAAGCAAAUGUGAUUUCUUCAUGUAACUUAAAUCAGCCGGGCUGUCACAUGUCUUAACGUUAUGUUUUGAGACAUCACAGAUCGGUGUUUGAAGCUGAUCUGUUUAACUGAGCUGCUUCUCACAAAUCGGCGCUGCCCGUGUAGAAUGAGCUAAAAAUGGCAGUCAUUAAAAAAGAUGACAACUUUUCAUUAUGUAGGCCAUCAUCUCUGUGUUCAGCUUUUGUCUUGGAAACAGCAACACACACAUCAAAAAAAAAAAAAAAUAAAAAUAAAAAAACCCUCAUGGGAGUGACUCUGUAAAACACUGCAGCUGCUGUCAGUCAGAGCAGAUACGAGAGGAGCUGGUCACACAAAAUAUGCCCCCCACCCACAUCCCCCCAACCACCCACCCUCUCUCUCUCUCUCCCUCAAUGUCACAUAAACUGUGUGAUGGCUUCGGUGUUAAAUGGAGUGGAAUUGAUUUUACGCAGCGGGCAGCAAGGCGGUGAGCAUCCAGAGACAUCUGAAGGGCUUGUCCCCCGCCUCCCACCCAACCCCAACCCCACCCCCCAACCCCCCAACCAAAAAACAAAACAACAAAAAAAAAAGAUUAUAGUUAUAUAAGUUUCCCUCCCACUCCCUCCAUCCUCUCAGAGCCAUCAGCAGAGGCGUUGUCAUGGCAACCCCCACCCCUCCUCUUGAACGUCAGAGCCAGGAGCUCGGAGGAUGAAGCCGCAUGCAGCUUCUGUCUCUUGUGCCUCUCAGAGAGCACCUGUGAUUUUUUUUUCUACUCUCUUCUCGCCUUUCGCCGUCUCCCAUGCAACAGUGGGAGCUGCUGCAGCGCUGGAAAUAAUCUGAUGGUUGUUUGGAUUCGCGGCUGCUGUGCAUCGCAUACCAUCAGACACACAGAGACCAACUGAUUCAGCAGCCUUCUACAGCAGCAGCAGCAGCAGCUAUGUCGUGGCUCUUCUUGGACUGGUUCGUCCCCCUCUACCUGCUGGUGUCGGUUUUGGUGCUGGCAGGCUUCGGAGCGUGCCUGUACUUCCUCGAGCCCGGGCUGCAGGACGCCCACAAGUGGAGCAGCAACAAAACAGUCCGGCAUCACCCGCUGGUGGCCAGUGUGAACUGCAGAGAUGACGAUAGCAAUGCCCUGAUAUGAUCGAGAGGGCGAGGCGGCAGGCCAUCUGGACAGGGGUGCCGCCAGGACACCGGAGGGGAAUGGGAGCCAACACCUUAAAGAUGGAGAGGGAAAAAGGAGAAGAAGGAGGAAAGAUUAUUGAUGCGAGCCCUGUCUUAUCAUUCCAACUUUUCUCUGAUCUCUGUAGAUUUUAUUUUUAUUUUUUUUUGCUGUAGACAUCAGGGGAAAACUGAAGCAGUGGGGAUUUAAUUGAUUUUUAAAAUUGAAUCCAAAAUGCACAAGGAGUGAGAAGACCACAUGCAGAAAGAGAUUGUGAGGUGAUUGGAGGACAUGUUGCCCUUUAGAAAUGUGUUUGUAAAUUUCAUGCCAUCUUAUACUUGUGCCAACUUUUACAUACGUUUUUUGUAAUUUGACAAUCACUUUACAUGUAUCACGGAGUUGGGAGUUUACUUAUAUUGUGCAUUUAAUUAGUGAAGUGAAUGACAUAAGUGCAAUGAAUUUGUUGCCAGCGGGGAGGGUUUUUUAAUCCUCUCUGUGGCGACGUGGGCAUGGCAGCUGCUGAGAAGCAUGCGGAUUGUUAGUGCCACUGUGCCAAAAUGGUGUAGUAGUGACUCUGUUCAAAUAAUUAUGUACCGAAUAAACGCAACUGAUUUAUUCAAGGUGCCAAGAUUUAUCCUAGGUGGACCAAGAUUACAGAUAAGUAGUAUUUGGUAAUGCUCAAAGUGUAUAUUUUUUGUUUUCAUUGUUUUUACUUGACAGCAUGGUGAGGAAACUGUGGGGGUGUUACAAACAACCCUCUUUUGAUGAUCAUAUGCUUCCUUUGUUCAUACAAAAAUAAAACUGUUUAAUCCUCA